AGGCCGCUGGGAAUGAUAUAAAAAGGCCCUGAUAGUCCCGACUUGCCUAGUCUUGAACAGGACGCCGUACUCAGCACAAGUUAUAGUGAACUAACAAUAAAAUGAAAUUCAUUGCUGUUUUUCUGCUCGUCGCCUUGACCUGCUGGUCACUCGUCGUGGCCAAGCCUCAGCCCGAACCUCAAUUCUUCGGCGGUGGAUUUGGAGGUGGACGAGGAUUUGGUGGUGGAUUUAGAGGCGGACGUGGAUUCGGCGGUGGAUUUGGAGGUGGAAGAGGAUUUGGUGGUGGAUUUGGAGGUGGAAGAGGAUUCGGCGGUGGAUUUGGAGGUGGAAGAGGAUUCGGCGGAGGAUUUAGUAACGAACGUUUCAGUAAUGAAUUCUUCGGGUAAUUAUUUUCGAUUUGCUUCAAAAGUAUUUUGACGGUACUAGACUUUCGAAAAAUGUCUGUAAACAUCCUAACUGAAACGCCAACAGAUAAGGUUUUGCAUGAACCUAUAAGGCUUACUUAUCAUGAAUUUUAAGACAUGUUGUACAACGACGGAGAUUUAUUCUUUAACAAAAUUGUUUUUUAAACAUAAGUGAACAUCUGUGAGCCAACAUAAGUAAAAUAUUAAAAUUGUUUAAUUUCAGCAGCAUUGCUGUUUUAAAUUUCAGUAAUGAUUUAACAAUUAAAUUCAAUGUGAACUUAUGAAUGAUGUUUAAUUAUGAUAGACAUUAGAGAAGUGAAAACCAACUCGUUUGAGUACUGAUCAUGAGAACUGAUACUCCACUCCCAGGAGGACUGGUGAGAACUCAGAACUGAUACUCGACUCGGUACCCGGUGGGCACUGUAGCGUUUGCCAAGAAAUAAUUUGAACAGUGAACUUUUUAGGAAGCAAAGGCAAUAACUGAAAUCAAAAUAGUGAUUGGUACUAUAAGUUACUGUUAGAC